AUGGCCGUGGUCCCGCUGCGGCUGGCAGGCCUGGCCCUACUGGGCCUGGUCCUGGCUCUCACCGCUGCGCACAAACCCGUACCCAACACGCUCUUUGGCAGCUGGUACUUUGAGUUUAAUGGCGCUGCUGGUAAUGGCACCAUGACCGAUGCCGUCAAAUACCUCAAUUACGUGGUGCUCUCCUUUGUCAACCCAGCCAAUUUGGAGGACUUUCCCGCCAUCUUCCUGCAGAUGAUGCCCACCCUCAACACCUCCCACCUACUUCUUGUCAGCAUUGGCGGCCAGACCUGGGACAACAACACACAUCCCCAUCUUCUUUCUGACACCCUAACCAUUGCCCCCGCUCCCUUCUCUCCCCCCCUCGAUCGUAGGUAUGGCAUUGAUGGCAUCGACAUUGACGCUGAGGGCCCAGCCUUGACAACCUACCCCGCCGAGAACUUGGUCGCGUUUGCUCAAGCCAUCAAAACCAACGCCCCUGACUUUUUGAUCACCCUCGAUGUGUAUGGCUGGCCCGGUUCGAACACGCUCAACACCAACUACAUGAUCAAUAAUCAUCUCAACGGUGCUGGCCCGCGACUCAUUGAUUGGAUCCACAUUAUGGCCUACGCGGGUGAGCUCGACGACAAGACAUACAUCUCCUACUACACUGACGCGAGCAAGAGCACUUACCUGCUACAACACGGCUCGACCUGCAGUCCCAAUGGAGCCAUCAACCCAGGCGUGCCCAUGGAUUCCGUCGUCAUUGGCAUGAAGGCUGCGGCCGGCUUCAGCUCGUGUAACCCUCCAGACUACUCGGACAUGGUAGACUACGUCAAGACAAACGGCAUGAAGGGCGUGAGCUUAUGGGCCUUUGCCAACAGCAACGGCAACAUCACGCUGCCUUGGUUCAACGACACUUGUGUCUCUGGUUACUCAACCCUCUGCCAGGGUCUGGUAGAUAACUGCAUGUAUUGA